AUGUCACAAAGGAUCUACUUCCUCGUACAUGGCACCGUUCAAGGCGUCAACUUUCGCUCCUUUACGAAGAAAAGGGCGACAGAGGCUGGCAUCACAGGAUGGGUGAGGAACAACGAUAACGAUCAGGUCGAAGGCGAGGCUCAGGGUCCUCCAGAUGCUAUCAACCAGUUUCUGAAGCACAUUCAUGACGGACCGUCUCAUGCCAGAGUCUCCAAGCUAGAUAAGGAGGAGAGGCAGGUGAAAGAAGGCGAGUCUAAAUUCGAGGUUCGUUGA